GUCAGGGAGUUCAGAAUGUACAAAGAGGCAUCUGCUUGGAGGCGGGGACAGGGGCCCAGUGAGUCCAAUCACAGAGCUCGGAUUGAUGUUAUGAUCUGUCAUUGGAGAUCGCUCCUCGCACUCGGUAUAAAGUUCCCAUCACUGACAGCCGGGCACAGAGGAACCUCUCCUGAUCACAUAGGCAAGAUGCUGGACCUGAGCACAGUUUUGCUUCUGGCAGCAGGUGCUCUGUUCGUUUUUACCUUGUAUACUGUUCUGCAUGAUCAACGGCGUGCAUAUGCCAAAAUUGUCUAUCAUGAAAUUACAAUUAGAAUCAAGGAUCUCUUAAUUAAUCAGGCAAAGGAAAAGCGAGUCUUGCAGUUUGUGGUCGAGAAUGCAGUGCGCGGAGACCCCCAAAGCGUGGUGGAUCAUAUUGACAAGUACUGCAGUGAGAUGGAAUGGGCCAUGAAUGUGGGAGAUCAGAAAGGCCUGAUCUUGGACAAUGUAGUAAAAGAGACCAACCCAAACACAUUACUUGAACUGGGCACAUACUGUGGAUACUCAACAAUCCGAAUAGCACGACUCUUAAAGCCUGGAGCUUGUUUUUUUACUGUAGAGUUUAACCCUGCAUAUGCUGCAGUAGCCAAACAGAUAAUUGAAUUUGCUGGACUUAAAGACAAGGUUCAGAUAUUGGAAGGCAACACACACGAUAUUAUUCCUCAGCUAAAGAAGAAAUAUGAAGUGGACACUCUGGAUUUUGUAUUUGUGGAUCACUGGAAGGAAAAAUAUUUAGCAGAUACCCAACUUCUGGAGAAAUGUGGUUUGCUCAAAAAGGGCUCUGUCAUCCUCGCAGACAAUGUGAUUGUUCCAGGGGCUCCAGACUUUUUGGAAUACGUCCGUACUUGUGACCGCUAUGACUGCACACACUAUCCAUCCUUUUUGGAGUAUAUGAGUGAGAAAGAUGCACUGGAGAAGGCUGUGUUUAGAGGAUAGAUGGUAUUAUGAUGUAAAUAGGUCAGAGGAGCCUUUGAUAACAAGAACAAAUGAUACUCAGACCUCUUUGGUUUAUGGCCCAUGUCAUGGCACAGUGACUUCUUACAAGGUCUUACGCUGGCCUUAUAUCUAUAGGCCCAGAUAGGCGUAAAUAUAAGCGGGCCUAUCGUAUCGUAGUUACGCUACGCCGCCGCAACUUAGAGAGGCAAGUGCUGUAUUC